AUGCCGGCUCUUGUCUCAGACUUCCAAGGUGCAUUUAUUCAUGAUAAACAAAUCCUUGAUGGUGUACUCAUUGAAAAUGAAUGUGUGGACAGUAGAUUAAAGUCCAAGAAACCAGGAAUUCUUUGCAAGAUUGAUAUGGAGAAAGCUUUCGAUAAUGUUAAUUGGCAUUCUCUGUUUAUUAUUUUACAAAGACAUGAUUUUGGUGAGAAAUGGAUUUCGUGGAUCAGGUGGUGUGUUACUUCUUCUCACCUGUCUAUCUUAGUGAAUGGUAGCUUCACGGAGAAAUUCAAGCCAACUAAAGACUUGCGACAAUGUGAUUCUUUAUCACCAUACUUAUUCUUACUGGUGGUGGAGAUUCUCUCUAAAUUGAUUAAUGAUGCAGUUGAAAGGGGUCAGCUCUCAGGUUUCCAAGUAGCGGAAAAUGGAUCUAUUAUUUCUCACCUUCAAUUCACAGAUGAUACGUUGGUAUUCAUUGAUGCUAGUGUCUGA